AUGGCAGCAAAUGAUGUGCCAUGUUGCGAGCCUAUGUUCUGGACAUACCUAAUCAUAUGUAUGACUCUAGUGUGUUUUGCUGGCCUAAUGUCUGGUCUUACUUUGGGACUUAUGUCUCUUAGUGUCGUUGACCUUGAGGUUCUGAUCAAGGCUGGUCACGGCCAAGAACGAAAGAAUGCAGAGAAGAUUCUUCCUAUCGUCAAGAAUCAGCAUUUACUGCUAUGUACUCUCCUCAUAGGAAAUGCUUUGGCAAUGGAGGCCCUGCCGAUCUUCCUCGACGCGCUUCUUCCUGCUUGGGGUGCUAUACUGAUAUCAAUCACCCUCAUACUCGCCUUUGGGGAGAUAAUCCCUCAAGCAGUUUGUUCUCGGUAUGGUCUGAGCAUUGGCGCAAAAUUGUCUGUCGUCGUGAGGUUUAUAGUUAUAGUCCUCUUUCCCCUAGCUUAUCCUAUCAGUAAGUUGCUGGAUUUGAUCCUUGGAGAAAAGCAUUCUGCAGUAUUGCGACGAGCAGAGCUGAAGACUUUGGUAGACAUGCAUGGAAAUGAGGCGGGGAAAGGUGGAGAGUUGACGCAUGAUGAAACUUCAAUCAUCACUGGAGCUUUGGAUCUGACUCGGAAAACUGCAAAAGAUGCUAUGACACCUAUAUCAGAUAUAUUUUCUCUUGACGUCAAUUCUAAACUCGACGAGUAUGCUCGCCACUCGUGCCUUAAGGGUCAUAGCCACAUGGCUGUUGUUGUUAAAAGUAAGAACGAUGCCAAUGAGACUGCACAGAAAUCAAACGCCAAGCCUACCAUGUUGGGGAUAAAGGGUAGAAGAAACAUAGGUCAUCAGCUUGGUCAGAAUGAUCAAUUCAGCAUUUCUAUGAACUCACCAUCAGUGUAUUCCAGUGGCACCGAGAUCGAGAGUCCGAAACCGAACAAUAUCAGGAAUCUACGAGACAAUCUGCACACGAAAUUACAGAAUCGAGAAUACCAACAUGCAAAUCUUCCACAUGAAGAAUUGGAAAUUCUUUCAGCUUCAGAUGAAGAGGUCAUUGGUGUUAUAACAUUGGAAGAUGUUAUGGAGGAACUGAUUCAGGUGAUGACUGAAUAA